UUUCCAACAUCAUCACCAUUUUUUUUAAUCGAUCUAUUUGUUCUUUCCUUUUCGUUCUCUUUGCUUUUUGUUUGUAAUGGGGUCAUAUUUGUUUUUGUCGAUAAGAAGAGUACAACACAACCUUAUUAAUAAGCAUUUGAAAUACGUAUGUAUGCAUGCUCAAUUAAUUUUCCCACAUUGAUUGUCAUAGCUACCGUAUACUUUCUCGGCAAAGUGCUUUCACUUAUAUAUAUACCCAUUGCUUUCACUUAAUUUGGAUGAUAUGAUUUUAGGGCGGAGGAUGGUGUUAUACUUUCGAUGAUUGUGUGAAUUAUACAAACAAAAACUUUUUUAACCAAACUGCUGGACUUCAAAAAUUUAGCGGUAUAUUGAGUUCCGACAAGAUGCAAAACCCAGGUUGCAAUUUUAUAUAUUUGUAUAUAUUUUUGAUUAUUAAUUAGUAAUACUCUCUCUUAUUGUACUUUACUUUUAUAUAUAACUAACACCGAAAUGUGUUUAGAUUUUUUCAAUUGGAAUAAAGUAAUGAUCAGGUACCGCGAUGGUUCAUCAUUUACUGGAAACUCAAAAAAAAAAGAGAAGAUAUAACGGCACUAAACUAUAUUUUAAAGGAGCUAGGAUUUUUGAAUCCACUUUGAAGGUGAUGUUGAAAAAGGGAAUGAAGCCGGCAAAGAAUGCUCUUUUGGUUGGGGAGUCCGCGGGAGGAGUGGCUGCCAUGUUGCAAUGUGAUAGAUUCCGACAGAAAUUUUCAAACUCCACUUAUGUCAAAUGCCUUUCGGAUGGUGGAUAUUUUCUUGCGGCGAAAAAGCACAACUUUGGGAGUAGAAGUUUCCUUUUGUCCAUCUUUGAAGGAGUGGUGAAUUUACAUAGACCAACCAAAAUGUUACCCAAAUCUUGCACCUCCAAAUUCACUCCUCAAAUGUGCUUUUUCGCACAAAAUGUGCAAGAUAUUCAAACCCCAAUUUUCUUCCAUCAUGUCGAAAUUUGAUUAUGUUGAGAUUUGCGAUUGGAGCUGUUGGAUGUGUUACCUGAACAAGACAACAGUUCAUCAACAGGAUUCUUGAUCGUAUCUAGUUAUGGUCAUGUGCAUACACUAUCUGCUCAUUGGUAUGAGCCCGCUGCGGGAACUAACAAGGUACUUAAAAAGUAUUAAUAUUAUAAUAAUUAACAAUAAAUUAUGUAUAAA